AGCAAAAAGAAGCCAAAAGCAAGCCAACAUGACCAGGGGCUGAAAAGAGUACAACAUCAGAAAUUGGAAAUGAUGAAGCAGUUAGAGAAAAGAUAUCAGGGAAAAAAUAUAUUGGGGAAAACAUAACAGCAGCUGAAGAGAAGAUAGAUGAGCUGACAAAAGAUAAUUUGUGAAAAUAACAGGAAAAAAAGUGAAAAAGCACAAUAAAGCCAAAAACAAUGGUAAGAUGCAGGAAGUUCUUUGUUUCCAUCACUGCCAUUCUGACAUUGGUUGGGUUAAAAAUCUAUUUUGAGAUCAUGUACGAACUUCCAAUAUUCAGUGAACUACCACCUACUCCCACUGAACCACCUAGAAACCCUCUUGUAAUUCUGGAACCUUUUAAAGGCCAGGAGGAUGUUUCCAUGAAUACCCUCCAUGACAUGGCAAAUAAUUUAAGAAGACUACUUAUCAGCUCUAACUCCUAUUGGAAUAACAAGGAACAGAACCUUUUGGACUCAAAAGACAUGAGAGCUUGGACAUGCAAGACAUCAAAGGAACCAUUAAAAGAUCUUAAGACUUAUCCAGAACCUCUUCAGCUUUUCCUUCAACAUGGAGGCUGCAGAGAAUAUCGUCUCAUUAUAGAUCAGCCAGAUAAGUGCCCAUACAACAGGACUUUUUUAUUGUUGGCAAUCAAAUCCUCUCCGCAAAACUUUGCUCAAAGACAGGCAGUGAGGAGCAGCUGGGGAACAGAGAGGUGUUAUGGUGGUCUGUAUGUGAGGCUUGUCUUCUUAUUGGGUGUAGCGCCAGGCCAGGACUUCUCACCACUAAUAUGGUAUGAGAAUGGGCAGUCUCACGAUUUACUCCAAUGGGAUUUCUUAGAUACCUUCUUUAAUUUGACAUUAAAAGACCAGCUCUUUCUGGGCUGGGCUAGGCUGCGUUGUUCAGGAGCCAAGUACAUUUUAAAGGGGGACGAUGAUGUGUUUGUAAGAACACCAGAAAUUGUGCAGGAGCUGACACUGCUAGGUGGGCACCAGACUCAAUCUUUAUAUAUGGGUCAUGUGGUGUCAUCUGCAAAGCCGUACCGUGACCCACGUAGCAAGUACUAUAUUCCUUAUUCAUACUAUGCAGGGUCAUACCCACCAUAUGCAGGGGGAGGAGGGUAUGUGUUUUCUGGUGCCCUGACUCCAUGGCUGUAUCUGGUAUCUUAUUUUGUGAUUCCUUUCCCCAUUGAUGACGUUUAUACUGGAAUGUGUUUCAUGGCUCUGGGAAUGAAACCUACGGGACAUCCUGGAUUCCAGACUUUUGAAAUUCCUGGGAGGCAGAAGUAUCCUUGUUGCUCCAAAACACAUCUCCUUUUGGAACAUAAGAAAAGCCCACAGGAGAUGCUUCAGAUGUGGAGCAAACUUAGGGACCACGUGCAACAUUGCUAAGAUAUGGAGAGCUAUUCUUUUGAUUGCAGAUUCUUCUCACAUUCUGCUGCUGAAUUCAUACAGGAGCUCCAAACUUAUUACACUAUGCAUUGCAUCUCUGUUAAAAACCAUUUGUGUCUUUUUAUUUAAAGAGGUAAUCUACAGUAUAAUAUUGUUCAACAAAAGCCAAGUAAAAAGGUUUGUAUUGAACUGUAAAGCCUGUUUUAAUAAAAACAAGACAGAGCUUGUAUUUUAAACCAGGACCAUAGUCUGAAAUGCUUAGGACUUGGUCUAUUCCCUAAAGAAAACGCUCUUCAUAAUUUGGAUCACCAUAUAUUAAUGGGGCCAUGGGAAUCGGCAAUUAGGCUAAUGCCAGGACAGGGAUGAUUCUUGGUCUGCAGAUAAGGGUAUGCUGAGAAUCAGACAAUCCACUGGCUCCGCUAUCUGCAAUUCAAGGUACUUAGGCAGGCAGCCUUGGUGUGGAUUUUGGGGUGAAAAUGUAUAUGCAGGUGUUUCUGUGCUGAAACCUGGUCCGUGUCUCCUCACCAAGGCUGAUGCAGUGUCUUUUAGGGCAGAAACAGGAGCCAACAUAAACCAGUGGAUAGGCUGAUUCACAGCCUGCCUUUGUCUGCAGGCUGAGAAUCAGCCACGUAUCACUGUAGCCCCCAAAAUUCAUUAUACUAGCAGUUAAAAAUAAUGUAAAUUGCAAAAGUGCUUAGAAAAGCACCCCUAAUCAAUUUGACUUUUUAUGGGUUAUGGUUACACAGUCAUUAAUCCUAUCAGAUGACUCUUUUACAUCUACAUUUCCAGUGCUUGUAUCAAACUAAAAAUCCUGUCUGCUUUCUUUCAAAACACACAGAAGGUAGAAAACAAUAUGGCUCCAUUCUGGCAGAGAAAGGAUUAAACACUUGUGAUUUCUCAGGGGAAGGCAAAUCCCACAGCACUUUGAAUGUUGACUCCAUUAGAGGCUGUGUAGGUGGAUCCAAACCAUAAUGUACAAGAGAGUGCAUUAGAAGGCUCCUGCUGAAGUGUAAUUGUUAUGAUGGAUAGGAGGGAAUAUUUAGCUAUGCUGUAAAAUAGCAGAAAUAGGUCAUAUCCAACAUGUCUUUAUAUAGGGCACACUAUCACUUUUAUAUGUAAGUGCUGCUUUAGCCUUCAUUUAACAUAAACUAUAUUCCUGUGUUCCAUAUGAGUUCAACGAAUAGGGAUUGUGCUGAACAACAAUUUUGCCUAUUAUUUUAACCCUUUAAUUGCCAGCAGAAUUUGCCUUUCAUUGCCUGACAGUUUUUGAACAUUUUGUGCUCUUUCUUUUUGGGGACUAUAUAUACGUAAUAUACAUACGUAAUAUGUAUAGUUUUAUGGAUGUUUCUGACAUGUAUAGAUCAGAAACUCCCAGGAGCACGCUACCAAAAUUUGGCAAACAUUAGCCUAGGGGCACACUGGGCUGCUGAUCUACUUUUCUCUACCUACGCUUUGUACAUAGGUGAAAAAAAAAAGAUCCACUUCUUUAUGUAGCUCCACCGACGUUGCGAAAAGGCAUAGUUUGGUGUUUUCUUGACAAAAUCCGUGUGUAGCGACACACAGGCUAACACUUUGUGGAGCUUCACAGAGAAGUGAAUGGGAUCAGAUAUGCUUGUUGACAGGUGAAGCAAUGUGGAUCAUCUGCUUUAUGUGCCUCUAAUUUUGGAUUCCAAGACCAAAAAUCCCAAAAGUAUGGUUGCCCUAGAAAACAAAAUAUUUUUGAAAAGCACACAUUGUGACAAAUUCAAAUGGGUACAUGGAUUUCUACUCCAAUUGCUAAACCUUGGCAGUUUUUAUAAAUGUAUAUGAAGACUGAAAAAAAAACAACUCAAAACUAUUACUUUCCAACAUCUUAUCUCCCACAUGUCAAAAGGUACUAAGACAAAAAUAAAUAUGAAUUCCAGGGGUCUGCUGAACAGUUUGGUGAUUCUAUGAGCAUCAAAGCCUCUUGCAUGGAGAGACCCCAAAGGCACCACAGUGUGUACAAAUUGUCACAGCGGUUACUUUAGCUUACUGCAAAAUCUACACAUUUACUGCAUUUUAUAUGAGAUAAAUGCACAAAAAAAAGUAGGUUCACCCUUGAAAGCCAUUUAUUUCUGGAAACUACACAUCUGGGUAAAUCCAAAUGGGUUACAGCACUGAUGCCCAGUAAGUAUGGGAUCACACACUAUGGCACAUAGAAACACUAAAUGGCAUUUAUUUCUACUACUGCAAAAACAUACUGCCUACUAUGUGUGGUAAAGGUUGCAAACUAUGUGGGAUGUACAGACCCCCCAAAAAAUAUAUGCAUAUGAUAUUCUGGCUGUUGCCAUAUCGAGCAGGUUAGAGAAUCUGCUAUUGAAGGGUCACAUUGGCGCAUUGAUACAGUCCUCUCUCAACAGGGCUCCCUAUACUAUGAUCUGAUAGUUUGCCCUUAAGCCAAAUGAUCAUCCUUAUUUGGCCAACAUGUUGGUGGUCAGUUGAGUAAAGAGCUGCUUCUUUGGGGACCUUGCCCUUUUACCUUGGGUCUUAAUCUGUUACUUAGCUGCCAGUGAACCAGGAGGUAAAGUUCCCAGCGCAAUCACAAGGGCAGGUGCCAGGGGUAAAAAGGCACCUUUUCAAUAGUGGUUUAAAGAACAGGCCUUGUGAUAAACAUUCUUUUUUGCUAUUUUUGAAUGAUGAAAUUUGUAAAGCUUUUAUUUCUUGCAAUAACAGGGCAAAGUCACAUUCUACUACUUGUUUUGUACAAAAUCAAUAAAACAGUAAAAAACCCUUUGUGUAACAAACCCCUCCUGUCACCCAGGUUUAGAUUUUCAGAUAAGAAGCAGCUCAUUAUACAGAGGGUUUCUGCUGAUUUGUUUUGAUUAUGCUUGUAUAAAAAAAAUGUGAUUAUUUUCAAUUUCAGAUUUUGUCCUGUUUAGUUCACAAUAUAACAAACUGCAUAUGAACUGAAAUGUUUUUCAUUUGGAAUACUUUUUCUACUUAAAGAGAUUCUGUCAUGA